AUGUUUUUGUCUGUGGGCCUACGAUCAAAUCCGGUAAAGUUAUCCUUCUUUCGAUUUAGUUCUAUCAAGUGCAGCAAGCCACUAGGAAGUGCAUUAACAAUAAGGUCAUUAUCCAAUAAAUGCAUAUCAAGUUCACCGAUACAUAGUCAGCUUUCCAAUAUAAUAUCAAAGAGGAACUUUUCUAAUGGGAAGUUUUCACUUAGAGGAAGCUGGGAAAGUAUAUUCAAAGAUAAUGGGAGUGAUAGAUACACAAGAUUGAAUAGGUUCCAACAAUUUCAGAGGAACAGUGGUAACUCCAACUCCUUAGGGGUAAUAACAGCAUUCGGUGUUGGUGCUAUGGCAGUUAUUUACUUUAUCUCGCCGUACCUAUUUAAUAUAGUGCCACCGUUCACUUAUUUUAAGCAUAAUCCCAAAGAUCUUGUUUAUGCUAUCCUAGGAACAAACUUAUUGGUGUUUGGUAUGUGGCGUAUUCCUCAAUGUUGGAGAUUCUUACAGAAAUACAUGUUGUUGCAAAAGGAUCAUAUGGCAAGCAAGUGGGCAAUAGUUGGAAGUGCAUUUUCUCAUCAAGAGUUUUGGCAUCUCGGUAUGAAUAUGUUGGCAUUAUGGUCAUUCGGUACCUCAUUAGCUAGCAUACUUGGUACAGCAAACUUUUUCUCCCUGUAUAUGAAUAGUGCCAUCGCUGGUUCUCUGUUCUCGCUUUGGUAUCCUCGGAUUGCCAAACUAAUGAUGAUAGGCCCAAGUUUGGGUGCCAGUGGUGCUUUAUUCGGUGUAUUUGGUAGUUUUGCUUAUUUAUUUCCACAGGCAAAAAUUCUACUGUUUGUGUUUCCUAUACCCGGAGGAGCAUGGGUCGCCUUUCUAGGAUCGGUGGCAUGGAACUUAGCCGGCUGUGUAUUGAGGUGGGGAUCAUUCGACUAUGCUGCUCACUUAGGUGGUUCCUUGAUGGGUAUUGCGUACGGAUGGUAUAUAAGCACACUAAUGAAGAAGAGAAGGGAGCGUCGGAUCAAAAGUGUUUCCAAAUGGGUGUGA